AUGGUGGCACGUAGAAAAGGCGAACGUGUGGUUCGGAAGAACGAAGUGGAAAAUGUGCAGCAGAGAGCAUGUGCCAAUCGGCGAGAACGUCAAAGGACCAAGGAACUAAACGACGCCUUCACACUUUUGCGUAAACUGAUCCCAUCCAUGCCCUCGGACAAGAUGAGCAAAAUACACACACUUCGCAUUGCCACGGACUAUAUAUCGUUUCUCGACGAGAUGCAAAAGAAUGGUUGCAAGUUGUACGGUCAUUCGAUUUUUGACGAGAAGAGAGGAUAUAAUUUGCAGACGGCUUUCAAUAUGUGGAGAGGGAAUAAUGGAUACACUCCAAUUUCUGGACCACCACCAUUGCCACCGUUGCAAUCUAUUCACAUUCCGCCACCACCACCUCCACCAAACAUGCCACCACACUGCUUGAUGCCCCAACCAUGGUAUCUUCCUUGCCCAACAAAACAAGAGUACCACGACCUCUCCAACAGCUCUAUUCAAAUGAACCCGAAUCCCAAUCAGCUCACCCCGAUCCAUUGGCAGUAA